CUCUGCCAGCAAGGAAGAAGCCUCGGUUGGAGCUACUGCUUGUGUUUUUUUGUUUUGUCUAUGUGCUUAGCUGGCUUCUAUGAGGCAAUCUGACAGAAACAGCAAAUGUUCACUGCGUUGUUUUCUUUUUUUAUCUUGACCAGAGGAGCUGUGCCAAAUCCUGAUAUCCACUACAGAACAUGUUCCUCCUCCUGCUAAUUUUGAGCCUGGGAAUAUGGCUUCGUCAGACAGCAGGCUUAUUCACAGUGACUGUCCCUAAGGAACUAUACAUGGUGGACCAUGGCAGUAAUGUGACCCUGGAGUGUGAUUUUGACACUGGAGGUCAUGUUGAACUUGGAGCAAUACAAGCCAGUUUGCAAAAGAUGGAAAACGAAACAUCUUUGCACAGUGAAAGAGCCACUUUGCUGGAGGAGCAGCUGCUCCUGGGGAAGGCCUUAUUCCAUAUCCCCCAAGUCCAAGUGAGCGACGCAGGGAAGUACCGUUGCCUGAUCAUCUAUGGGGUCGCCUGGGACUACAAGUACCUGACUCUGAAAGUAAAAGCUUCCUACAAGAAAAUUAACACUCGCGUCCUUAAGGUCCCAGGAACAGGUGAGGUGGAGCUCACCUGCCAGGCUGAAGGCUAUCCUCUGGCAGAAGUUUCCUGGCCAAAUAUCAGUGUUCCUGUCAACACCAGCCACACCAAGACCUCUAAGGGCCUCUACCAGGUCACCAGCAUUCUGCGCCUGAAGCCACACCCUGGCAGAAACUUUAGCUGUGUGUUCUGGAAUGCUAAUGUGAAGGAACUUACUUCAGCCAUCAUUGACCCUCAAGGUCAGAUGGAGCCCAAGGUCACAACAACAACAUCACUCUUCCACGUUCUCAUCCCCACCUGCAUCAUCGCCUUAAUUCUCAUGGCCCCAUUGAUAGUCAUAAGAAAGAGGCUCUGCUCAAAGUCGUAUUCUACAAAAGAUCUGAACCUCUGAUCUUAGAAGCUGGGGUGACUCGAUGGCUUCUGGACUCUGCAUAAGGAUCCCUUGGCCUGCAGAGCAUGCCGUUUGCACUUUUCAAUGCCUUUGGAUGACGGCACUUUAAUCUGGAGACUGCAGCAAGACUAGGCAGCACCAGGUCAUGGUGUGCUUAGAGGAAGCCAAGCAACCUGCCCUUCACAGAUCUGGGCUUUCACCUCUGAACCUCUGGCUCUGAACAUGUGACUCUCAGCAGGCACUAUUGCACUUUAGAAAAAUAUUCCACUGCAUCCUGGACCGCAGUGAAUGUUGGGAGGUUACUUCUUGCUGCCAGAGUGAAAGCAAAGGGAAUUACUUCCCCCUAAAUUUCCAAAGUGACUUCCAGAAGGAGAGAUGAGUGGAAAUUUCCAGCUGCAGAAAUGAACAGAUUGCCAAUAGAAUUAUUUUUAUCUAUAGUUUCCUCUGGAUAUUGGGAGAGACUCUUGAGACUAUGAGCUCACGGGCAGGACUUUACUCAAACACAAGUCUUAAUUGACGUUUUAUGGCAUACUGGACUCCUGAACGCAUCUGAAGUCGUUUUACUUAACAGAAAGCAUUUAAGUACACAGAGUGACCAACUACAGAUUGUGGAGUAAAGGCACCAAGUAUUUUUUUGAGGUCUAAAUCACAAGGCAUUUGCUUUAACCUGUAAUGGUACCAUGUUGAAUCGUGUUUUUUUGUUUUUUAACCACAUCUGUCCUUUUGGAAAUUCUGUCUUUUUAACUUUAGAAAUCAAAGAUCUACAUUUAAAAUAUUUUGCGUGCUAAUAUGUUAUGCUUGCACAGAUUUCAGAUGAGUUGCUCUAAUGGUCAAAGUUCCAAACUAAGGCUCCUUUCCUGGCACUCUAUAUGGCUUUAAACUUAAUCUGUCAGCAUCUCGAUUUCCACAUCUGUGAUAUGGUGACACUCACUAGUCAAGGACUUUGAUGACUGGCACUUUGUAAAUCCUGUGGGAUCUCGUGUGUGUGUGUGUGUGUGUGUGUGUGUGUGUGUGUGUGUGUGUGUGUGGAGGGGGAGGGUAACUGGGCUGCAGUGACAGGUUAAUCAUGUUAAAUUUGGUCUCUAUGCUGAGGCCAUGAGGCUCAAGGCAUUGGUUAACCCGUGCACUAUCCAAAGGUGUGCAUUAGCAAGUACAACAGUCUUAGGUUAGUGGGUCUAAAGCAAGCUCUUUAAAUGAUGCUCAGAUGAAGAAGAAUUGGGGGUUAAUGGGAUGAGAAAUUAUAUAAUGUCUUAGUUUCUCAGUUCUCUGUACAAAUCAGAGAAUGACUUUGAAGAAUGAAACUCACUUGUUUAUUCUUCAGUGUGUCCCAGAUGUUCUACAUUUGGCUAAGUGGUUUCCUUAGGUCCCUUCUGGGUCAGUAAGUUUAAUAUUCCAACCUGUCCUUUGGCUCCCAUCGGUUUGAAAGCUUUUGAGGCAUAAUUGAAUGCCCUCUUCAAAAGGGUAGGGCCUGGGUAGAUGCUGCUUCCCAGGUGUCAUGUCAGGGCAGGUGGGCAAGGUCUUUUCCCCACCUAUGCUGGGCCCUACCUCCCGCAGCUAUGUGAUUGGCAUGCUGAAUCCUUGGGCGAUGGUAUUAACUGUAUUAGGAACACAGUGACGUGAUAGCUUGUGUCAAAAUGCUGCCAUCUUUGGUCCUAGAUUGGGGCUAUUUUCCAGAACACCAAAUAGGGAGAGAGCUAUUAGCUUGCCUAUCCUACAACCUAGGCUUUGUCAGGGAAGAAAACCAUAAGGCAGUGUGUUCUAGCCUGAGAAAUAUUCUAUGCUACAGAAGACCAUUAUAACAUCUAAUUUACCAAGCACUUACUAUAUGCCCAAUAUUGUAAGCAUCUUACACAUAUUAUUGGAAUGAAUCCUCUAAAAACCCUCUGAAAAAAAGAGCACUAUUAAUAUCUCCAUUUUACAGUUAAGGAAGCUGAGGCACAGAAAGGCUAACAAUUUACUGAAGGCUGCCUGUUUCAGUUUGGAAAGAACAGAGCUGGGCAAUGAAACCAUGCUCAUUGCACCCCAUAAUGUGCCCUGAUUCCCUACUUUACUGGUUACAUGCACCUGUGCUCUCUUUGCUGUUUAAGGAUUAAUUUAAUUACUCUUAAAUGAUGGGACUUUACUGGUUACAUGCACCUGUGCUCUCUUUGCUGUUUAAGGAUUAAUUUAAUUACUCUUUUCCUGAGAGGCCAUAUAGGCAAGUGGGUGGAAUGCAGGUUCUGGUGUCUGAGUGUAUCCAUUCAAAGCCCCAGUUCGACUAUGUAUGAGUUACACAACAUUGGAUGCAUCAGUUGGCCUCUUUAAACCUGUUUCCUUAUUUUUAAAAUGAGCAAUCAAAGGAAGGUAUUUAGCACUUUCCUUUGUCAGGCACUUAGCUUGUAUGACACACCAUAAGUGGCUGAUAAAUAACAGGUAUCAUGGUAAUACCCCUAUGUACCAGCCACUAUCCCUUGCCCAGACUCUGCAGGAGAAUUCUUCUAAACCCUAUGGAUCUACCUAAAUGAGAGCUGAGAGUGCAGUGAACUAUGUUCUCUCAUGAAUGUCCAGCCUAGGCAUGUCAGAUGGGCAUCAGCAUGGGUUUUGUGUCCCAGGGCUCUCCUGUACAAGUCAUAUCCCCCAACCAACUCAAACUGCCCACAGGUCCUCUAAUGUGCCUGAUACACCCCUCUCCCAGAAUGCCUUGCUGCUGGGACCCCAAUUCUCCCUGGCAAAACCCUGUCCAUCCUAUGGAUGCCAGCUCUGCUGGUGAAUAAUUUUUCUGAUUUUCUCCAAUUGAUCUCUCCUUACUAUGGGUGUAAUAAUGCUUUCUUUGUCCCUCUCUGAGGGCAGUUGUCUUAGUUUUGAAUUGUGACAAUUGGAGCAUGUUUCCUCUUCUACUUAGGCUGUAUGCUCCUGGAGGGCAGGGAAAGACUGGGAUUUUGUCACUCUUGCAGUACCUUGUGUAUGAUUGAUACCUCAUGCAUGGCUGGCUCCGAGACUCUUUAUAAUAUUGAGGACUUAACAGUCUUACUUUUUAUGACCUUGAUAUGAUUGAUUAAAAAUUAUAUAAAGGCAAUACUUAAAAGAAUUAAAUGAGUUCUGAGUCUUUAUUUUUUAAUACGUUUUACAAAGGGAGUGAAAAUAGCAUUUGGGGGAGUUUGAGGAAUUGAGCAAGACCAAAUAAAUGAAAAUCACCCAUGAUCUCAUCAUCCAAGCACAAAUAUUUUCGUUUUUGUUGUUCUCCUUUGCUCUUUUUCCAUGUAAGUACAUCAUUUUAACUAUAGUUGUAACAUGUAAUUUUCUGUUUUUAAAUUUGUCGUAUGUGGUACCACAAUUUCAUGUCUGUGUUGCUGCCUAGUCUUCCUAAUUAUCAUUUUUGAUAGCUGCAUAAAAUUCCACUGAGCAGUUGUGACAGAAUUUAACCAUUCCCCUAUUGAUGGCAGGUUACGGUUGCUUCUGUUUUUCUGCUAUUUUAGUUAAUAGGAUUUUGUGCUAGAUGUCUUCUAUCUCUCCUCUAGAUCUACUCUCCAGUCCUCUCCACUCUGUUCUGUGCUCUAGGAGGUUGACAUGUAGUAUGGACUGUAUCAGUGAGCAACCUUGCUCUCUGGAUUCUGGUUGGGUUCAGCCAGUGGGGACCACUGGCAGAAGAUCAGAGGAUGAGAGAAGGAUGACAUUGGGGGAUUUAUUUCCCAAGAUUUCCCCUCUCUGUGGUAACUGCUGGCUGGAUGAGUCUCUUCACCAGAGGCCACAGCUCCUAUUGAGUGGCCCUCUUCACAAAGCUCCCUCUGCCUUUAGGUUCCAGUAACUGCUUCCUCAUCUCACCUCUGCAGGCCUAGGUGCCUAAGUAUAGCCUCUCUUACUAGCCCUGGGGUACUUCACUAUCCCUUGGGGUUCUCUAUACCCUGCCCACAUCUUUGUAAAUAGUCUCAUUGCUAAAUGUUCCUCAAAUUAUCUAGUUCGAUACCUUGAUUGAUAUACCAUGCUAUUUCAGAUAAUGCAUGCCUAAUUUCCUUAGGAUGGAUACCUGAAAAGGGAAUCUGGGGGUCAAAGAGUGUGAAUGCUUUUCAGGCUCUUGAGACAUACUGCUAAAUUGUUUUUGGAAAGGUUCUAUUUAUAUUGCUACCAGCAUUGAAUGUUUUUAAAAUAUAAUUUUGCUAAUUCAACAGGUUGAAAAAUGACCUUUAAGUUUGUUCUGGUUUCCUAAUGCUGCCAUUAUGCAAAACACCAGAAACGGAUUGGCUUUUAUAAAGGGGGUAUAGUUGUUUACAAAUUUACAGUCCUAAGGCCAAACAGGU